AAUCAACCGGUCGCAACAUCGGAGUUAUGAUGGUUUCCCUUCGUUUUCUGUUUUUAGUAACAUUGGCCCUUGAGUGGAGAUAUGCCAGAUCUGACUGUGUUAUGUAUGGAUACUGCCAUUCAACGGGGGACCUGCAUCAACAAUGUGUUUACGAAGGCCCUCCAAAGUUACUGACCAACUCAACUGGUUUGGAGUUACUUAAGAAAUAUUGCCCUUCGUACUACAAUGAAACAGGUGAUACCACCACUUGCUGUAAUGCUGAUCAACUAAUAAAUGGAAUCCAGCAUCAAGUGCAAGCGAUGUCCGCAGUAUUUAAAAGAUGUCCCUCUUGCCUACAAAAUUUAAUCACUAUGGCUUGCUCAUCAACAUGUAAUCCUAAACAAAGUGAAUAUAUUCAAUUGCGAGAAGUUCAAUUGAAUGAAGAAACAUAUGAGCGAUAUGCUACAAGUAUAGAUCUUUAUCUAAGUUCAAAUUUUAUGGAUGGGGCUUUCAAAUCAUGCUCGAACGUUAUCAUACCUGCAUUGGGGAAAAAAGCAUUAGAUGCAACAUGUGGCAGUUAUACAGCCACAGACUGUACUUCUGAAAGAUGGUUUCGUUUUCUUGGAGAUACAUCUCAGAACCCCGCAGCACCAUUUACAAUUAAUUUCAAGAGGAUGGAAAAACCUUUUUUAAAUUUUAUUCCGUUUGAUGCGAAAACAUACCGUUGUAAUGAAUCCUUCAAUGAUGAAACUGAUGCAUGUAGCUGUGUUGAUUGUCUAGACAGUUGCCCUGUAGAUCACAAUUAUUCCACUGUGGAUUACAGCUUUUACAUUGGAAAAGUAGACGGAUUAGGCCUCAUUUCUCUUUUGAUUUUCCUAGUAAUUCUUGUUGCAUUUCUAAUCGUAAGAUUCAGAAGUACCAUACGAAAAAGGAGAUAUUCCAAUGGCAUUGUUAAUAUACAACAAAACAUUGUAAAUAAUACUGAGAGAAUAGAGACUUCAUUUAUGAAUAAGUUGAGUGAUAAAUCAGAGGCAACACUCACAAAAUGGUUUUACUACUGUGGGAAAGCUGCAGCCAAGAGACCAACUUUGGUUUUAGCAUUAAGUAGUUGGGCGAUUGCAGUGUGUACUUAUGGGAUUCUACAUUUAGAAGUAACCUCUGAUCCAAUUAAAAUUUGGGCUGCUCCUGAUUCACGCUCACGUAUUGAAAAAGAUUAUUUUGAAGAGAGAUUUGGUCCUUUUUUUAGGACUGAACAGAUUUUUUUGAAACCUAUUAAUUUACCAAAAAUUGGACACAACACUUCUGGUGGUUUUAUUGAGUUUGGACCAGCAUUUAACAAAGAUUUCUUGCUUUCUGCAUUUCAAUUACAGAAGAAAAUAUAUGAUAUUCCGGACCUACAGGAGCUUUGUUUUGCCCCGCUGAGUAACGAAAAUAGAGCAGAAAAAAUCUCUCAAUGUGCUGUUAUGAGUAUAUGGGGGUAUUUUAACAAUGAUAUCGACUUAUUUAAUAAGACCUCUACAGAUAAAAAUGGCUUUACUACUAACUAUUUAGAUAAAAUCCAUAAAUGUUUAAGAAGCAGCACAAGUACUGAUUGCAUGGCACCAUAUGGUGGAAAUGUUGAUCCAGCCAUUGCUGUUGGAAAAUUUCUGCAUAUAGGUAAUGAAGCAUAUGAACAGGCCCAAGCAAUUGUAAUUACUUUUUUAUUGAACAAUUAUAUCAGUGGAGAUAAAUUAAAAUCAGCAAUUGAGUGGGAAAAAAAAUUUGUGAGUGUUGUCAAAAACUGGAUCAAAACUGACAUGCCUGACUACAUGGAUAUUGCAUUCAAUUCAGAAAUGUCUAUUGAACAUGAAAUUUCAGCAGAAUCCACGGCUGAGGCUACUACCAUUGUAAUGAGCUACCUGCUAAUGUUUGUUUAUGUGUCACUAACUCUUGGUUCCUACAGAUCUAUCAAAACCCUACUUGUUGAUUCUAAAAUAUUUCUAGGAAUGGGAGGUAUACUAUUGGUGCUAUCCUCUAUUUCUAGCGCUGUGGGUAUUUUCGGUUAUUUGCAUGUCAACACAUCAUUACUGACUAUGGAGGUGAUUCCAUUUUUAAUUUUGGCUGUUGGUGUGGAUAAUAUGUUUUUACUUGUAACCACAGUAAUGAAAAAUGAAGUUCGGUAUAAAGAUAUUGUUGAAUGCAUUGCCCAAUCAGUAAGUGAAGUAGGACCUUCAAUUUUAUUAACAACUUUAUCUGAAGCAGCUUGUUUUGGAAUAGGAACGAUUGUCGAUAUGCCUGCUGUAAGAACAUUUUCAGUUUAUGCAUUUACUGCUAUAUUGAUCAACUUCUUGCUACAGAUGACUGCCUUUAUUGCAUUUUUAGCAAUACAUUUAAGGAGAAUAAAGAAUAACAGGCUGGACUUAUUUUUUUGUGUGAAAAUUAAGGAUGAAUCAAAUGAUAGGAAUAAUUCAUCAUUAAUUCAGGAUGUAUUAAGAAAAUUUAUAGCCCCAUUAUUACUUCAUCCUAUUGUAAAUUCAGUGUUAUUUUUGAUAUUCAUUGGAGUAUUUUUUGUGAACAUGGCUUUUAUUCCUCAUAUAGAACCUGGUCUGGAACAAAAACUUUCUAUGUCAAAGGAUUCAGAGGUUUACAAAUACUUUGUAUUCAUGGAAGAAAUCCUCUCUAUUGGACCUCCUGUUUUCUUUGUAUUGAAACCUGGAUUGAAUUUAAGUGAAGAAAAGGAUCAAAAUCUAAUUUGUGGAUCUUUAAAUUGUAAUAAAGAUUCCCUUAAUACUCAAAUAUUCGCUGCUUCAACAGAAAGUAAAAUAACCCGUAUUCGAACACCUGCUUCAUCAUGGUUAGAUGAUUACUUUGAUUGGGCAACAACUGAUGGUUGCUGUAUGGUUUACAAAAAUGGAACUUUUUGCCCACAUAACAGUGAUACAAAAGAUUGUGUAGCAUGUAACAUGACUACAAAUCGUGAUAAUAUGAGACCUGGCGCUGGAUCUUUCAGAUCAUUCUUACCCUACUUUCUUAAAGACAGGCCUGAUGCAGCCUGUGCUAAAGGUGGUCGUGCUUAUAGCGCAGCUGUCAAUUAUGAAGUAGACAUGGAAGGUGUACCCACAAUACAAGAUACCUACUUUAUGUCUUACCACACAAGUCUGAAGACAUCAAAGGAUUAUUACUCAGCAUUAAGGUUGGCUAGAGAAGUUGCAGAAAAUAUUACUUCAAUGUUGAAUGAAGGAAGAAAAGAUCAUAAGAUUGAAGUCUUCCCUUACAGUGUCUGGUAUCCAUUUUAUGAACAAUACCUAACUAUCUGGUGGACAAUGUUUAUUUCACUAAGUUGUUCCUUAUUGGCUGUAUUUAUUGUUACAUACAUUCUAACAAGUUUUGAUUUUAAAUCUUCUCUGAUAGUUCUUCUCACAGUAUUUAUGAUUUUAAUCGAUCUUGCGGGACUAAUGUACUGGUGGUCUAUAAAUUUGAAUGCAAUUACACUUGUGAAUUUAGUUGUUGCUAUUGGAAUCUCUGUUGAAUUUUGCAGUCACAUAGUUCAUUCAUUCUCAAAAUCCAACAAGAAAGGAAAGAAGCUUCGGGCUCAGGAUGCUUUAGUUAAUACAGGAUCUGCAGUUUUUGCUGGAAUCACACUAACAAAAAUUAUCGGAAUAUCAGUACUGGCAUUUUCAAAAACACAAAUAUUUCGAGUAUUUUAUUUUCGUAUGUACCUAGGCAUGGUAAUAUUUGGAGCACUUCAUGGACUCAUAUUUCUUCCAAUACUGCUAAGCUACAUUGGUCCUGAUAAUUCCGAAAAAAUAUUGCUAAGGAACAGAAGAAACAGGGUGGAAUUUUAGAUUCAAGUUAAUUUUCUUAUUUGAAAAUUAUUGGCAUCUGCCAUAUAUUCAUGCCUCCAUGAGCCAACCUAUAAAUGUAAAAAUAUUGUAUGAUAGAACUAGGACUUAGUAUUAUUAUUUAUAUCUUAUAUACUUCUUCAUUCCUAGGUGCUUUAAUAAUAAUAGUGCUAUAAUAAGUGAAUAAAUUGUUAGUUCCUAGACAAAUUUUAUAGUGUUGAAUAUUGCUAUUGCUACUAUUAGUGCAAAAGGUCUUAUUUAAAAAUUGAGUGUUUUACAGAAGAGCAUAAAAACUGGUUCUUUCUUUAUAAUUUAUUAGUAUAAUUUUACAUUUUAUUUCCCUCGGCUAUUUUCCAUAGUAAAAUGUCGCCUUUAGCACAAAUAGAAUAAAAACGGAAAAUGUUUACAUAAAACCUUUUGCAGUAACAUUAACGAUAUGUUAAGUCCUCUACCUAUGUAUAUGUUAACUAAUAAGGAACUUGAUCAAAUGGCAUUGAUAUUUUGAUUUGUAAAGUUGCUUCUAUGAAAAUUUUACUAUAAAUAAUUAUAGUGUGUUUCAUCGUUGUCUAUGUUACAAAUAGAUAUUACUGGGUUGUGAAAACUGUGAUAAAUGCGCUUUUAGAUCAAAUAUUUGUAUUUUACUAUUAACUAUGAAUAUGUGCCAUUUCUUUUUAGAAGUGACAUCAUAAACUUUACCCAUUAAAUUUAAAUACAAUUUUAUGAUAAUGUGAAUAUUACCAGUAGCUUUAGGGAGUUAAAAUUAUUUUACUUAAACCUAAAAGAUGCUUAUCAUGAUUGUACAAACCUUUUUUAUUUUUAUUACAAAGCUUUACGAAUUAGUUUUUGAAAUUCCUGAUAAUGUAUUUAUUUUUUAUAUGUAGUUUGUGUAAAUAAAAUUUUCAUUUAUAAAACAGUAUUCUUAUGAUGGAUGUUAUUAAUAUCUUAAUUAAUAUAAAAAAAAGUUUUUGACUUUC